CUGUGCUGAGCUGUCAGCCUUGGCCACGGACCUGGGAGCCCGACGGAGGCAGAGGACCCCCUGGCCGGGCUCGGGCCACAUCGCCGUCCUCCCGCGGCCCCGCGAGCCCGGGCAGAGGCCGCCAGCAUGGGGCAGGAAGAGGAGCUGCUGAGAAUCGCCAAGAAACUGGAUAAAAUGGUGUCCAGAAAGCACACGGAAGGAGCCCUGGAUCUCCUGAAGAAACUGAAUGGCUACAAGAUGUCAAUCCAGUUACUGCAGACCACCAGGAUUGGGAUUGCUGUCAAUGGGGUCCGGAAGCACUGCUUGGAUAAGGAGGUGGUGGCGCUGGCCAAAAUUCUCAUCAAGAACUGGAAGCGGCUCCUGGAUGCCCCUGAGACCCCCAAAAAGGAGAAAUCGAUGGAAAAAGAAAAAGAGAAGAAGAAAGAGCAAGGGGUUGACCUUUCUGACUGGAAACCACUGGGGGCUUUUUCCCCCCAGAACAAAAGCCCAGGGGAAGAAGGAAAGGACAGGAGAGACUCUUCAGAGUCGGGGUCUUCCUCCACAGUCUCCUCCCCGUCUUUUUCCUCCUCCUCGUCUCCUCAGAAGAGACCAGUGGAAAGAGCUAACAGCAGCAAAGGGAAAGUGGAGACCCCAAAGACACCCACCAGCCCCUCUUCCCCUACAUUUUCUCCAUCGACCUGCUUCUUGGCUCCGUGCUACCUCACAGGAGACUCCGUCCGGGAUAAGUGCGUGGAGAUGCUGUCAGCAGCCCUGAAGAUGGAUGGUGAUUACAAAGAAUAUGGAGUCAACUGUGACAAGAUGGCAUCAGAGAUUGAAGAUCAUAUAUAUCAAGAACUGAAGGGCACAGACAUGAAGUAUCGGAACCGGGUGCGCAGCCGAAUCAGUAACCUCAAGGAUCCCAGGAACCCCACCUUGAGGCGGAACGUGCUCUGUGGGGCCAUUUCCACCAGCCUCAUUGCCAGGAUGACGGCCGAGGAAAUGGCCAGUGAUGAGCUGAAGGAGCUGAGGAGCGCCAUGACGCUGGAGGCCAUUCGGGAGCACCAGAUGGCCAAGACCGGGGGCACCACGACCGAUCUUUUCCAGUGCAGCAAGUGUAAAAAGAAGAAUUGUACUUACAAUCAGGUGCAGACACGAAGUGCUGAUGAGCCCAUGACCACUUUUGUCUUAUGUAACGAGUGCGGCAACCGCUGGAAGUUCUGCUGAGCGGCUGCCGGCCGGGCCUGCGGUGUUGGAGAACCCGAAGGAGAAGGCUCUGGGCUCCCUGCCUGGAGCCAGAGAGGCCAGAUAGGAAGGAUUGCACAGAGGAGCCUCCCCAGAAUCCACAGCUGGCUCCGGCCUCAGCUUUCCUCAGUGGGUUAGAAAGGGUAUUUUUACUGGGAAGUCCAGAACGGCAGAGCUCUGACCCAUGCUUGUGCCCCCCAGAUCCUGCAGCAGAGUAGAAAUACAAACUUAUCUAAGGUUCCCACAGAAUGCCCAAACUACCAGAGAAAUUAAAAUCUAGGCCGUCCUAAAUGAGAGGCAUUUUGGGACAUGGACUAUCCAAGGACACGGGGAUGGAGGGAGAUAGAGGGAAAAGCUGAGGCCCAGAGAAAAGAGACUUGCCCUAGGCGGCAGAGACAGCUCGUGUUGGGUGCCCCAGAUGCCCACAGAGCUCAGCCCCCGUACCAUCCUCUAGAUGGCAGGAACAGCUCAUGUUGGGCACUGAUACCCCAGAUGCCCACAGAGCUCAGCCCCCGUACCAUCCUCUAGAUGGCAGGAACAGCUCAUGUUGGGCACUGAUACCCUAGAUGCCCACAGAGCUCAGCCCCCGUACCAUCCUCUAGAUGGCAGGAACAGCUCAUGUUGGGCACUGGUACCCCAGAUGCCCACAGAGCUCAGCCCCGUACCAUCUUUUAGGUGGCAGGAAUCGUUUAUGUUGGGCACUGGUACCCCACAUGCCCAUGGAGCUCAGCCCCCAUACAAUCCUCUAGGUGGCAGGAACAGCCUAGUUGGGUACUGGUACCCCAGCUAUCCAGGUCUGGGCUCUGUACUUUCCUGCUCCUGGGGAAUGACUGCAAAGACAUGGGUAUUUGAAUCCUUCCCCAGCGAUGAAUUCUUAAGGUUUUCUCCACUAAAAAUACCAAGUGUGACAUCCCUGUCUGUCCCAUCAUUUCCUUCACCUAGCAACCAGCGCCUCAUUUGGUCUAGUAUUAGCUUUAAGAAGAUCCCAAUCUUUGGAUUCAGGGGUCAUCAUUAAGUAGUUUUCAGACCCAUUUUGGGGGUUUUCUUGGAAAUAUUUGCCAUUCCCUUUUUCAGAUCAUUUUACAGAUGAGGAAACUGAGGCAGGCAGGAUGAAGUGACUGGGAAGCUGGGAAAUAUCUGAGGCUGUAUUGGAACUGAGGCCCUCCUGCCUCCAGGCCCGGCUCUCUAUUCACUGCAACCAGCUUAAAGCUCAUCUCUGCUGCUGGAUGACAUUGAGCCGAAUCCCUUCCCCUCCAUGGGCCUCAGUAUCACCAAAUAUAAAAUGGAAAGACUGGGUUAGUUAGUUUCUGAUAUUCCUUCCAGAUCAAAAUCCAUAUUCCCACGAGAUUCCAUUUAUAUAUCACAUUAGCAUUACAAAAUCCUCUCACUUAUGUCUUCCUAUCUGGCCCCCUUGGCAAUCCUGUGAGAUAGAGAGCAUGAAUAUACUCUGAGAAAACUGACUUACAGAAAAGAGUGGACUCCCAGGUCCUGAUGGCACAUUGUUGUACCCACCCACAUCUUCCUGAUUCUUAGACUCAUUUAUUCUGUUAGACUUGACCUGUCUAGGCUUAUGUGACAACUGGGAAUCCUCCAUGAAUCACGAAAAGUCUUCCCUCUCCUGGUCCUCAUGGCCCCUUAUUCUCAUUCGGUUUAGGUGGGGACCUUUGGGAGACUCCUCAAAUCAGGAACUGCCUGUGGCUUCCUAAGCGAUGUCAUAUUCUCUCUGGGGGAGCCACAGCCUGGCAUGGGGCUUUCCCUGAUCACCACUCAGGGGACAGGGCAUCUGACAGAGGGAGCUCCUGUAGGAUGUCCUUCCUUCCAAAUUUUCCCCUUGACUGCAUUUGCUAAUUGCAAUGAUUUGGGCAGUGGUGCUGCAGGAAGCAGAUUUCUAGGGACCUCCAUUUACCCCUUCUUCUGGUCACCCCCUGGAGAGCUGCCCUCCCUGCCCACGGCUGAAAAGCAGAAGCAUUGGCCAGCCUCUGCCCCCCUGGGGCUCAGAUAGAUGAGCUUGUUCCCCAAUUGGUUCUUGGGGAUCAGACAAGGGAAUGUGCCCAAGCCAAACAGCUAGCGAGUUAGGCAAGAGAUCAUAGUGACCCCUGUCAUCCCCCCAGAAUGCACUAAGUACCCCCUUCCCUUGAAAUGGAGUCCCCAGGCAUCUUCUCCUACCUGUAAAUAAACUCUGUACAGAAA